UACCAUCCUCUAAAUAUGGCUAAAGUAAUCAUGGUGCCCCUGGACACCCCGUCACAGCAGAGCAAGAAGCAACAGCUGAUCGAAGAGCCUGGUCGGCCGCCGAUGUAUAAAAGGGGCGACGAGGGUCGUCCGGGACACACGCCGGCCAACCUCCGCUCCGAGACACCGUCGUCGGCUCUCUCGCUCGGGACACAAGAAUUCGCCAUGCCCUUCGUCACUGGAUUCGCGAGGCCCACCGCCGCCAGCGUCGCCGACUCAAACGGCAGUCACAAACACGAUAAAAACGUAGAAAACAACAAGAAGAACAUUAAGGCGCUGGAAGAGCAUAAGCUCCCGAAGCGCAAGGACACGAUCCCCGAGCUGGCCGCCAGCUACCGCUCCCUCCUGAAGGACCUCGGCGAGGACCCGAGUCGCGAAGGACUCCUCAAGACGCCCGAGAGGGCAGCCAAGGCCAUGCUCUUCUUCACCAAAGGAUACGACCAGACUGUUCAAGACGUGAUGAACGACGCCGUGUUCGAGGAGGACACGGAGGACAUGGUCAUCGUGAAGGACAUCGAGAUGUUCUCCACGUGCGAGCACCACCUGGUUCCCUUCUGGGGCAAGGUGUCGGUCGGUUACCUGCCCAACAAGAAGGUCAUGGGACUCUCCAAGAUAGCCAGGAUUGUUGAAGUGUUUAGCAGGAGACUGCAAGUGCAAGAAAGGCUAACCAAACAGAUUGCUCAAGCCAUCGUGGAGGCUGUCCAGCCUCACGGAGUUGCCGUUGUUGUGGAAGGAACCCACAUGUGCAUGGUGAUGCGUGGAGUCCAGAAAGUUAGCGCCAAAACGACCACGUCUAGCAUGUUAGGAGCCUUCAGAGACGACUCCAAAACACGGGAAGAAUUCCUUUCCUUCAUCAGCUAGGUAGACUCCACACUGCAUCCGCAUGGACUGGAUGAACUACUUACACAUUUCUAAUCGAUUUAAUCACAUCACAGCAGCUUACAUACUGUAUCAUAGGACUCGAAAUGUAUGGGAUUUAGUCAAUUGUAUAAAAAUAUAUACAAUGUUUGUACAAAGUUUCCUGUUUGUUAAUAAGAUAAAAUAGUGGUCAUUUUUCUUUAAUAGUUACAUACCUCUAUAUGUUUAGAUAUAGGAUAAAUAAAAGAUGAAAUGAAA